GGCAUAUGUCGGGUAGACACCGCUUCAGCCUCUGCCCAUCCAACUCGCAAAAAUUCCCCACGAUUCCACGAAAGUAGGAACCAUGAAGCUUCGGUUGCGAUCCAUGGACCAGCGCGGCGGCGCCGGCGGCGCCGCCGAGACCCACCGCGUGCAGCUGCCGGACACGGCCACGCUCUCCGACGUCAAGGCCUUCCUCGCCACCAAGCUGUCCGCGGCGCAGCCCGUGCCCGCCGAGUCGGUGCGCCUCACCCUCAACCGCUCCGAGGAGCUCCUCACCCCCGACCCCUCCGCUACCCUCCCGGCCCUCGGGCUCGCGUCCGGUGAUCUCCUCUACUUCACGCUCUCCCCCCUCCCGUCGCCCUCGCCUCCGCCGCAGCCGCAGCCACAGGCCCAACCCCUGCCCCGUAACCCUAACCCUGAUGUCCCCUCGAUCGCGGGAGCUGCUGACCCGACCAAAUCUCCUGUGGAGUCUGGUAGCUCCUCGUCGAUGCCGCAAGCUUUGUGCACGAAUCCUGGCUUACCUGUCGCAUCCGAUCCGCAUCAUCCUCCACCGGAUGUGGUGAUGGCGGAGGCCUUCGCCGUGAUCAAGAGCAAGUCGAGUCUCGUCGUCGGGGAUACGAAGAGAGAGAUGGAGAAUGUCGGUGGUGCGGAUGGAACCGUCAUCUGUCGCCUUGUCGUGGCGCUGCAUGCGGCCUUGCUCGAUGCCGGCUUCCUCUAUGCAAACCCGGUGGGGUCUUGCCUUCAGCUGCCACAGAAUUGGGCGUCAGGUUCUUUUGUCCCCGUAUCGAUGAAGUACACCCUGCCAGAGCUUGUAGAAGCGUUACCUGUGGUUGAGGAGGGGAUGGUGGCAGUGCUGAACUACUCCUUGAUGGGGAAUUUUAUGAUGGUGUAUGGGCAUGUGCCUGGGGCAACAUCGGGGGUGCGAAGGUUGUGCUUGGAGCUGCCGGAGCUUGCGCCUUUGUUGUACUUGGAUAGUGAUGAGGUGAGCACAGCAGAGGAGAGGGAAAUUCAUGAGCUGUGGAGGGUCCUGAAGGAUGAGAUGUGCUUGCCUCUGAUGAUAUCGUUGUGUCAACUGAACAAUUUGAGCUUGCCACCGUGCUUGAUGGCGCUGCCAGGUGAUGUCAAGGCAAAGGUCCUGGAGUUUGUUCCUGGGGUGGAUCUUGCAAGGGUUCAAUGCACGUGCAAGGAAUUGAGGGAUCUUGCUGCAGAUGAUAAUCUUUGGAAGAAGAAGUGUGAGAUGGAGUUCAAUACUCAAGGUGAGAGUUCUCAGGUGGGCAGGAACUGGAAGGAAAGGUUUGGAGCAGCCUGGAAGGUUUCUAACAAUAAGGGCCAGAAGAGGCCCAGUCCUUUUUUUAACUAUGGCUGGGGUAAUCCUUAUAGUCCACAUGGCUUUCCGGUGAUUGGUGGGGAUUCAGACAUGCUCCCGUUUAUCGGGCAUCCCAAUCUCCUUGGGCGCAGCUUUGGAAAUCAGCGCAGGAACAUCUCACCCAGCUGCAGUUUUGGUGGACACCAUCGCAACUUUCUUGGUUAAGUCAUUUCGUGGGUUUUGCUAGUAUGUUAAGAAUAUUUCAUCUGAAAAGCUACAUAUAACAUAUUGUACAUAUUUUAUAGUUGGCACUUUAUGCAUGUUCAGUUGUUAACUGUAUUACUGUACUCGUAAUCUUUUCUUUCUUUGUUGAUAUAUCCUAUAUUUUCUUGUAGUACCAGUGUUAUGCAUGCCUUAAUCAUGGUAAAGUAUCGUCUGUUUAAUUCUCUGUGCUACAAUAUGCAUUUCAAACACUUGUAACUUGUAAGUCUCAUUUGUUGGAUGCCUUUAGUCAAUCUGAUUAUUUCAUCCAUCAACGGAGAAACAAGAUACUGGUCAUGUUAUA